AUGUUGCUGUCUCGUUCCCAGUUUGUCUGUAAGAACGACAAGUGUAUCCCAUUCUGGUGGAAAUGUGACACCGAGGAUGACUGCGGGGACCGAUCAGAUGAGCCACAGGACUGCCCUGAAUUUAAGUGUCGCCCUGGACAGUUCCAGUGUGGUACGGGUCACUGCACCAACCCAGCGUUUAUCUGUGAUGGCGACAGCGAUUGCCAGGACAGUUCAGACGAAGCUAACUGCGAAAUCCACGUCUGCCUCCCCAGCCAGUUCAAGUGCACAGCCGCAAACCGCUGCAUUCCCGGGAUCUUCCGAUGCAACGGUCAGGAUAACUGUGGAGACGGAGAGGAUGAGAGAGAUUGCCCGGAGGUGACGUGCGCACCGAACCAGUUCCACUGUGCAACCACGAAGCGUUGCAUUCCUCGAGUCUGGGUCUGCGAUCGGGACAACGACUGCAUGGACCACUCUGACGAGCCAGCUAACUGCAGUAAGACUCCGCACGGCAGUACUGCGGGAACGGUUCAGAUCAUUCAGCAGGAAAAGGGGGGGCUGGGGCUGGGAGGGACCAGAGCUGCGGAAGUGGUGUUGCUAAUCCGGGAGGGUAUCGCGGCGACAGGAAGGGAGGUGCCCCAGGAGGAUUUGUGCGCAGG